AAGAGACAUGCACUGGUUUAGCUCAACGUUUGUAAUUGUUUUGAUAUUAAUCAUACGUCAACAGAAGACAAAAUGCCAGCCGCUGUAUGAUACCGAUACAGAUUUUUGGAAUUUAGAAAAGAGAAUGUUUGAAAUGGAGAAAGAAAUAUUUCGACUGCGUCUGGAAAAUCAGAGGAAUAAAAACCGGCCAGCCUUUUCUGCUUUUCGUCAAGAAGGUACAACACAAGUCAUCAAGUACCCGGUACAGACCAUCAUCUACAACAAGGUCCAACUUAACAUUGGAGGGGGUUACAACGAAAGCUCUGGAGUGUUUACAGUACCCGUGGGAGGGGUUUAUGCAUUUUUCUUUGGUAUACAAGUCGAAUCCGGCAAACGCAUGUCUGUUCAAUUCACGUGGAAUGGAAUUCCGUAUAAGGAAGCCACAGCUGGUUUGAUAUCUGAUUACAGCACCGGAAGUAACAUGAUGAUUAUAAAUGCGGGAAAAGGUGACUGUAUGUGGAUCCAAACAAAUCCUGACUGGUACAGCUAUGGGCAGAUAAAUAUCAGAUACGAUCCCAACUAUUUCUCUGGAUUCCUGAUGUAUGAAACCUAAUUAGUUUUCUAAGGACUAUGUUAGCAACAUGCUAUAGAUUGCUGAACUGUAUUUUUUUUUUUUA